GAAAGGAACGUUUGAAGCGUCAUGCCUAAGACUUCGUGCAUGAUAUUGAACUUAUAUACAAAGAAAACGCCUUAGAAUAAAAAUUUUACUUUCAGGUUUAGAGAACUAGCUUUUACAAUGAAUGGAGUUUGUAGCAACAUGUAAAUGUUUUACUUUGAAACUGUUGUCCGGGAUUAUUCCGUCUCGCUUGAAAGUCGUAGUGGAAGUCGCUACUCGCAGACUGGCUGUACCAAGUUGUUGCUCGCUGGUGCCAACGCCCGGCGAAACAGACUGCUAACGUUAGCUAGCAGAGACACAAGAGGGACACGGGUAACGUGAUAAACGUGAUUGCUAGCAGCUUCAGAAAGCACAGAGAUGCAGACUAUCAAGUGUGUGGUGGUGGGUGAUGGAGCAGUGGGAAAAACCUGUCUGUUGAUUUCAUACACCACUAAUAAAUUCCCCUCAGAAUAUGUACCAACAGUGUUUGACAACUAUGCAGUAACUGUAAUGAUUGGGGGUGAACCCUACACCCUUGGCUUAUUUGACACAGCAGGUCAGGAGGAUUAUGACCGGUUACGACCUCUAAGCUACCCGCAGACUGAUGUCUUCUUAGUGUGUUUCUCAGUUGUUUCACCUUCCUCAUUUGAGAAUGUUAAAGAAAAGUGGGUUCCUGAGAUAACUCACCACUGUCCCAAGACCCCGUUCCUGUUGGUAGGCACUCAGAUCGACCUGCGUGAUGAUCCGUCUACAGUGGAAAAGUUAGCCAAGAACAAACAAAAGCCAAUCACUCCUGAGACAGCAGAAAAGCUGGCUCGUGACCUUAAGGCAGUCAAAUAUGUUGAGUGCUCUGCUCUAACACAGAAAGGAUUAAAGAAUGUGUUUGAUGAGGCAAUACUGGCUGCCCUGGAGCCACCUGAACCUAAGAAAAGACGUAAAUGUGUUCUGCUCUAAGUUUCGUCGCAGUCUUCACACCAGUUUCCAAAUCUAGGUUAACAGUACUGAAGAGGUUUUCUGCACAAGCACAUUCCACUAUAAGUUGAGAUAUUUUUAAAUAUUACCCUUCUCACAUACUUAACCUUAAAACAUAUUUUGUGUAAGACUGAUACACUUUGUCAUAAUUUGAUGCCAUUGAAAUUUUGUACACAAUGUGAACACUGAAUGCUGACACUUAAGGAAAUUCUAAGGAACACUUGGAAGCAAUGUUUUGGUUUGGCCACAUUAUCUUUGCAGAGGUUUUCUUGCGAAAGAAGUGAUUAUGCAAAGACAUUUUUAUAGAGCUCCUGUUUCAAGACUCCUAUAAAAUAGAGCUUUAAUAAAGUCCCUUAAAGUUAUAAAUUGUUUUCCAAACGCUUGUUUAGGGAAAGCUCCACUUAAUCUUCUCAACAUAGUCUUAAGGUAAAUGUAAGAAACCUAAAGAAAUAUGGAACUUCUAGGGUAUGGUUUUACCUUCGGUCUGAUAAAAGUGGAAAAUCUAUUUCGCUGUUACUAUGAGUUUGAGUACAACUAUAUCCCAGUCAUUUUCUUUUUCUGACAAGUAUCAAGGAGACAGUGUAUGUCCUCAAUGAUCAUCAACAGAUGGUAAAUUUAAACUUUGUGGAAGUGUAACUACACCGUUAACAGGUUGAGAUCCUGUGGAAGUGAUUAAAUUACUUAACUCAUAAUUAUUGCCUUUGACUAUCCAUUCCUAGAUUGUGGGCUUGCAUUUAAUUUGUAAAUGUAGUGAAAGUAACUCGUAACUUAUUGACUGAAAAUUUGUAUGUCACUGAUGAAAGACUGAAAGAACCUUCGCUGAAAUCACAUUAACCAGAAUAUAUUUCGCUCUUAUUUUUAUUCAAUUUCACAAUAAAGUUGGGACUGUAUUUUUGUUUGUAACAAAGCUUCAC